GCCCAAGUAUACUCAUUUUGAGUUAAUUUAGAACUGUUAUGGGAAUUGCCGGAAGUGACUUCUCCCUCAUAGCUUCUGACACUCGUCUAUGCGAUGGUGAUUUUGUUAUUCUCUCUAGGAACUCUCCUCGAUUGUUCAAAUUGGGUCCUGGUAAUAUCCUAGGGUGCGCUGGAUUUCACGGAGAUGUUUUAACAUUGACCAAAUUACUAGAAAAUAAAGUGAAAACGUUUCGUUAUGACCAUGGAAAGAACAUUUCGACGAAAGCACUAGCUGGCCUUUUGUCUGUAACUCUUUAUAACAGACGGUUCUUCCCAUUUUAUGUAAGCAAUGUACUAGUUGGUCUAGAUGAAGGCCGUGGUGUGCUAUACAGUUAUGAUCCUGUAGGAUCAUAUGAAUCUGAGGGGUACCGCGCCUCUGGCAGUUCUUCGGCAAUUCUGCAACCAUUUCUGGAUAGCACGGUUGGGAAUAAGACCUCGAAAUAUCACGUGUCACGUUUGGACAAGGAAACGGCUGUUAAACUUACUCAUGAUAUAUUUAUCAGCGCUGCAGAAAGAGACAUACAAUGUGGUGAUAGUGUUAUCAUCUACACAAUCACAAAAGAUGGGUUGAGUGAAGUCUCUUAUCCACUGAGACGCGAUUGAAAACUUUCGGGACUUUGUAUUUCAUACUUUUGGUAUCGUUUGUAAAAUAAUUGUCCUCUGAUUCUAUUCACAAGGCAACCAUUGUGUUCUGAGUAGUUUAAUUCAAAUGUUAUUUCGGCUACCAAGGUCUUAAUCGUGAUUCGCCGGAGAGAUAUAAACUCGCGCUGCUUGUUGUAGUUUACUAAUGUCGAGUUGUGACUCUCACCCGUCUUCACAGUCCUGGUUAGUUUUCUUCGGCAUCCCAAAGUCUAACUAAACAAAAGGACAUCGCUACUAUGUAUUUGUUAUAUGCACA